AGGAACAGAAAGGCUGGAGACCCUCGGCUUCACUCGUCUGGAUUUUACCCCGCGACUGGUUCUGAUUUCCAGAGGAACGUCGACAGCUGCUUCACCCACCCUUCAUCCAUCAGCCUGUUAGUCCUCUGAGGAGUGAGAUGUCUCCGCUGUCUGUCUGCAGGAUCUCUGCUCUCUCCGGCGAAGCUGGAGGUCAUUACAUCACAGUGUUGGACGCUUUUAUCCAAAGCGACUUCCAGACUCAACACUGUGGGCAAUCCCCACUGGAGCACUUUGGAGUGAAGUGUCUCAGGGACACAACGACAUGCUGACUGCAGUGGGGUUUGAACCUGUGGUCCCCUGACCCCAACACCAACGCACUACCCACUGCGCCACACGCCUCCUUAGCUGUGCUGCUGCUGCUGCUGACAUCGUGGUGCGUUCAGGGACUCCUCCAGGUGGACGUGUUACCCAGAAGGCCUCUCAUCGGGCUCGGGCAGUGGCAGCAGCUGUUCUGCCGGGUGCAGGGAUGUCCCACAAGGCCGACCGUGUCGUGGUCGUGGCUGGACGACCGGCCCCUCGCAGCCUCAGUGCAAUCCAAUCAGAGCGGCUCCUCAGUGACCUUUGACCCCGUCAGGAUGCACCACGAAGGAGCCCUGCAGUGCCGGGUCCGCUGCGGGGAGGAAAGCGGGAAGAGCCUCAGCACCCUGCACCUCUACUCCUUCCCAUCGGCCCCUCUGAUUGGUGGUCAGGAGCGGCUCAGGUUGGGGGCGGAGUCUGUGCUCACCUGUCAGGUGUCUGGUGUGUACCCCCCCGAGCAGCUGACGCUCAGCUGGCUGCAGGGAGGCUCCGUGCUGCAGAGCACCAGGGGCACGGAGCACUCAGAGUACCGGUUCAAGCCCCAGGAGCAGGACCGGGGGCGGAGCCUGAUCUGCAGGGCGACGCUGGACCUGAAGGACCUGCCGACGGAGGACCAGACCCGCGAGACUGAGGUUCUGCUGGACCCGCUCUUCGCUCCUGUGGUGACGGAGAUCUCCUCCUCUGCUCUGCUGAUGGUCGGCGCUCCGUUCGUCCUCUCCUGCUCCGCGAGGGGAAACCCGGAGCCGCAGAUCAGCUGGAGCUUCAGGUCUGCAGGCGGACAGGUGGAGGCGGGCAGACCCUCUGAUAGGCUGGAGAUCGCUCAGGUGAGGCUGAGCGACGCCGGACGCUACGACUGCGAGGCGAGGAACAGCGAGGGGAAUCACAGCGCCAGCGUGGAGGUCAGAGUGCACGCCCCCCCCACCAACACCUCCCUGUCAGUGAGUCCAGGUGAGCAGGUGCUAGAGGGGCAGCAGGUGACCUUUACCUGCCAAUCAGACGGAGCCCCGCCCCCCACGCUGGUGCUGAGGAGGGAGGGGGAGGAGCUUCAGAGGACAGACUCCGCCUCCUCCUCCUCUCUCUCCUUCAGCCUCUCCUCCGCCUCGCUGCAGGACUCCGCCUCCUACCUGUGUGAAGCAUCCAAUCAGUACGGAGCUCACCUGGUGAACCGAUCCAUCACCGUCACAGCUCACCCCCUGCAGGUGGAUCUGAGUCCCCUGGUCCCUGCAGCAGAUCGGGGUUCAGAUCUGCUGCUCACCUGCCGGGCCUCUGGGUGUCUCCUCCCCCCCACCUUCACCUGGAGGAGGACUGACCAGAACCACACCCUCCUCCAGGGGUCACACCAGAACCAGAACCACACCCUCCUCCAGGGGUCACACCAGAACCAGAACCACACCCUUCUCCAGGGGUCACACCAGAACCAGAACCACACCCUCCUCCAGGGGUCACACCAGAACCACACCCUCCUCCAGGGGUCACACCAGAACCAGAACCACACCCUGCUCCAGGGGUCACACCAGAACCAGUCCCUGCUCCUCCUGCAGGAUGUGGACCUCCAGGAUCAGGGAGGGUACAGCUGUGAGGCCGAGUGUGACUCUGUGAUCCGGACCGCUGAGAUCCAGCUCCACGUCUUCUCGUUUCCGUCCGAUCCGGUUCUGGAAGCUCCCGGUCCGGUCCUCCUUGGUCAAGAGGCGGUCCUUCGUUGUAACGUCACCAACGUGUUCUCAGCCAAUCAGAUGAGGAUCCUGUGGUUGUCUGGCAACAGGACGCUGUUGUCCGAGUCGCUCAGGUUCUCCGGUUCCUUACAGAACGUCUCGUCUGUUCUUCAGUACCAGGUCCAGGAGGAUCAGCCGGUUCUGGUCUGCAGGGCGGAGCUGCUAAGGGAGGACGGAGAUGUUUGGAGGUCCAGGAGGACGAGUGUAGCUCUAAAGGUUCACUAUCCUCCGAGGGGAACCUCCCUGUCAGUGAGUCCAGGUGAGCAAGUGCUGGAGGGGCAGCAGGUGACCUUUACCUGCCAAUCAGACGGAGCCCCGCCCCCCACGCUGGUGUUGAGGAGGGAGGGGGAGGAAGUUCAGAGGACAGACUCCGCCUCCUCCUCUCUCUCCUUCAGCCUCUCCUCCGCCCGGCUGCAGGACUCCGCCUCCUACCUGUGUGAAGCAUCCAAUCAGUACGAAGCACAACUGAUGACCCGAUCUAUCACCGUCACAGCGCCCCCCAGGAACACCUCGGUGCUGGUCCUGCCCUCUACGGUGGUCCAGGAGGGACAAACCAUCACCGUCUCCUGCCACACCGUCUGCUUCCCGCCCGCCGCCGUCAGUCUGAAGAACCUGGCCAAUGGGACGGAGCUAUACUCGUCCAACGGCACCUUCCUAUUGGUCAACGUGACGGCCAGAGACUCGGGGAUGUACCAGGUCAACGUGACCAACGAGCUGGGGUUCCAGGUCCGAGUGUUCAGCAUCCGGGUCAGAGAAAGGAGCUCCAGUCCUCCCAGUCUCGGCAGCGUUCUCAUCCCAGUCCUCUGCUCCGCCGUUGGGCUCGCCGCCGCUGCUCUGCUCCUCGACAUGCUGAGGAGAUCCAGGAAGAAAGGUUUCUAUCAGCUGCCGCAAACUGCCCCGCCAUCAGCCUGAGGGACGCUAACCGCGGGCUACUGACUUUCAGCAUGUGGCUACCAGCUUACAUCAAGUAGCUACCCCUCAAACAUGUGGCUAACACGUCCAAACAUGUGGCUAGCAUCCUCAAACAUGUGGCUAGCAUCCUCAAACAUGUGGCUAGCAUCUCCAACAUGUGGCUAGCAUCUCCAACAUGUGGCUAGCAUCUCCAAACAUGUGGCUAGCAUCUCCAAACAUGGUGGCUAGCAUCUCCAAACAUGUGGCUAGCAUCUCCAAACAUGGUGGCUAGCAUCUCCAAACAUGUGGCUAGCAUCUCCAAACAUGUGGCUAGCAUCUCCAAACAUGUGGCUAGCAUCUCCAAACAUGGUGGCUAGCAUCUCCAAACAUGUGGCUAGCAUUUCCAAACAUGUGGCUAGCAUCUUCCAACAUGGUGGCUAGCAUCUUCCAACAUGGUGGCUAGCAUCUCCAAACAUGUUGCUAGCAUGUCUAAACAUCUGGCUAGCAUCCCUAAACAUGCGGCUAGCAUCUCCUAGCAUGUGACUAGCAUCUCCAAACAUGUGGCUAGCAUCUCCUAGCAUGUGACUAGCAUCUCCAAACAUCUGGCUAGCAUCUCCAAACAUGUGACUAGCAUCUCCAAACAUGUGACUAGCAUCUCCAAACAUGUGGCUAGCAUCUCCAACAUGUGGCUAGCAUCUCCAAACUUUUGGCUAGAAUCUCCAAACUUUUGGCUAGAAUCUCCUAGCAUGUGACUAGCAUCCCCAAACAUGUGGACUAUCUCCAAACAUGUGGCUAGCAUCACCAAACAUUCUGUGGCUACCUUGUAAUUGCACCUUCUGUUGUGAUAUGCUAACAUGUGGCUACUGUGUCCAAACAUCUGGGUACCACCCUCCUAAUUUGUAACUGCUAACAUGCUAACCUGUGACUUUGAUAGCUCAACAUGUGGCAACCACUUUUCAAAACAUUACUGCAUCAUUCCUGGACACUCCAACAACAUGGGACUACUUUUUGAGCGGGAUUUUACCACUUGACAAUUUAUUUAUAAAGUUUGUUUAUAUAACUAUCAUGUGCUUGGAUACUACUUCCCAACGAGAUACACCAAGUUUCAAAAUGUCGCUAAUUGUGCCUUCCUUGUUCCAACUUGUGUCUUUUAUAUGGUAGCGCAUUGUUACUUUGUCCAAACAUGUUGAUGCCACCUUCAAAAUGUUGACUGCUAAAUGUGGCUACCAGAUUCCACAUCAUUCCGGGACACGGAACUACAUGAUACAAAACAACUUGUUUUCUAACUAUCCUGUGCUUGGCUACCACCUCGUAGCAUGCGGCUUUGAUAAUCAGACAUGAGACUAGCUGUAUUAGUUGUUUAGAUAAACACUGGUGUAUUUCUCCAUGUGAUUCUGGAUUAUGUCAGAAAAUAAUCUCAGUGUCAAACAAACGUUUAUGAUAAUUACAUGUUUACUUCAGCAGGAUAAUCUCCACAUGUUAACACCACUUGAUGAUUUCUGAAGUAAAAAGCUAACGUUAGGCUACAGCACGGUCACAUGACUUCACAUCACCACCGCUAAGCUAAAGGCGGCUAAUGUUGGGCUCUAAAGGAACUGUAGCACGGUCACAUGACUUCACGUCACCACCGCUAAGCUAAAGGUGGCUAAUGUUGGGCUA